UCCCGUUGCCUUUUUACGCGCACGACGUCUGCAGUACACAGUGAUUCAGUGAGCCAGUCUUCACUGCACUGUGUGCGCAAGCUUUUGGUUGAAGGCAGGAUUCUCUUCCCACAGUGUUCUGAUGGCGAAACAGCGCUGGUUCUUUUCGGGUGAUCAUUUCUAGAGGAAGACAGUCACGCUUUUCUCUUCUCGACUCAUUUUAAACAAAAUGUGGGACGCGCGUUCUCCGCGCGGCGUCCGCGGAGUGCUCUCUUAAGUCGUUGCCGCUUGACUAAAGGGGGAUCCCGGCACCCUUUCCAUCCUCUACUCCCACAAGAGGAGUUUGCAUGCAAAAGGUGGUUUAUCUCGGCAAGCCAUGGAGGGACUUGCCUAAAGAGGAUCCAACAUAGUUCAACAUUUGUCGACCUUUUUUUACAUUUUCCUUUUUGUGUGUCAUCGUAACAUCUUCCCCAAGACGUCUCCUUUUCCAUCACCAUGGCUGAGAAGCUUGGACCAGCAGGGCUCAAGCCCACCAACAGCCGAACCGCUCCCUCCCUGCCCCCUGAGCCCAUCGACAUCAUCCGCACCAAAGCCCGCUCCCGUAGAGUCCGCCUUAACGUUGGGGGUCUGAACCACGAGGUCCUGUGGCGGACCCUGGACAGGCUACCUAGGACCCGGCUCGGCAAGCUUCGAGACUACAACACCCAUGAGUCCCUGAUGGAAGUCUGCGACGAUUACAGCCUGAACGAAAACGAAUACUUCUUUGACCGGCACCCGGGGGCUUUCACCUCCAUUCUGAACUUUUACCGCACAGGCAAAUUACACAUGAUGGAGGAGAUGUGUGCCCUUUCGUUUGGCCAGGAGUUAGACUACUGGGGGAUUGACGAGAUCUACCUGGAGUCCUGCUGCCAGGCCCGUUACCACCAGAAAAAAGAGCAGAUGAAUGAGGAGCUGCGGCGGGAGGCAGAGACAAUGAGGGAUAGGGAGGGAGAGGGAGAGUUUGAUAACACCUGCUGCUCAGACAAGAGGAAGAAGCUGUGGGAUCUCCUGGAGAAGCCCAGCUCUUCGGUGGCUGCCAAGAUUCUAGCCAUCAUCUCGAUCCUGUUCAUUAUCCUCUCCACCAUCGCUCUGUCUCUCAACACCUUACCAGAGCUCCAGUUCAUAGACGAGUUCGGCCAGGCCAAUGACAACCCCCAGCUGGCCCACGUGGAGGCCGUGUGUAUCGCCUGGUUCACCAUGGAGUACCUCCUUCGCUUCCUCUCCUCUCCUAAUAAGUGGAAGUUCUUCAAAGGCCCGCUGAAUGUCAUUGACUUGUUGGCCAUCCUGCCCUACUAUGUCACCAUCUUCUUAACUGAGUCCAACAAGAGCGUGCUGCAGUUCCAAAACGUGCGCCGUGUGGUGCAGAUAUUCAGGAUCAUGAGAAUAUUGAGGAUCCUGAAGUUGGCCAGGCACUCCACAGGGCUCCAGUCUCUAGGGUUUACUUUGAGAAGGAGCUACAAUGAACUGGGGCUGCUUAUUUUAUUUCUUGCAAUGGGCAUCAUGAUAUUUUCCAGCUUGGUCUUCUUUGCUGAGAAAGAUGAAGAUGCCACCAAAUUCACCAGUAUCCCUGCCUCAUUCUGGUGGGCAACCAUUACUAUGACUACAGUUGGCUAUGGUGACAUUUACCCACAGACUUUACUUGGAAAAAUUGUGGGUGGGCUCUGCUGCAUUGCAGGAGUGCUGGUAAUUGCCCUACCCAUCCCCAUUAUUGUAAACAACUUCUCUGAGUUCUACAAGGAGCAGAAAAGGCAGGAGAAGGCCAUCAAGAGGAGGGAGGCACUGGAGAGAGCCAAAAGGAAUGGCAGCAUUGUGUCAAUGAACCUAAAAGAUGCCUUUGCCCGCAGUAUGGAACUGAUGGAUGUGGUGGUGGAGAAAGGUGAGGACAAAACCUCCCUGGACAACCAUUUGUCGCCAAGCCGCUGGGGCAGCUCGACCAGGCACGCAUCCUCCGAGAAUGAUCUGAAAUCUCUAAAUGAAAGAAACCCUGAGCCACAAAGCUCCCCUAAUCGUAUAACCAUCAACACCACAGGAAGUCCCCAGCGGACAAACAGGGCCCCACAGCACCUUAAUGUGCAGAAACUGGAGGAGAUGUACAACCAGAUGACUAAGUCACAGUCCUUCACUAACCUCAACACUACAAGCUCCAUGAGCACUCUGAGCACAACCAUGACCGCCCCCAUCUCACCGAGGAAAUCUCAUAGCCCUGAAUUUACAUUAAAAGAGGAAGUAGAGCUGGAGAUGAAGGAGGUCCAACCCUCCUCACCAGAUAUCUUUGCGGGCUGCUCAGCAGAAUUUCGAGAACAAGACUCCAACUCAGAUGAGGAAGAUGCUGGGCCCUGUCAAGUCAGACACCCCAGGGCACCACCCUCUUUGGAUCUCAGCCAAGUGAGGGCCAUUGAUGACCACAGCUCUCCUGGUGUCAUACUCAAAGAUGGCCUCUAUGAAUGCGUUAACCCAGGUGACGGAUCAGAGCUCCACAUAGAGGAAGGGGAGAGCUUUAACAGUGCUGUGAAGGAUAUCCAGAGCUCUCCAACAGGGAAUAACCCUCUUAAAUUAAAGGAAUUAAAGGUCAACUUCACCAAGACCUCUGCUGAAGGCCCGCUUACACCGCCCAGCACUACCUCUCCUGGAGACAUCAGCUCCAGCAUCCUGGAAGACGAUUCCCCGGAGGGAGAGAUGUCACCGCUCAUCCCCAGUACAGAGGAUCUGGUCCCAGUCACAGAGGAGGAGACCUGCCCGUUGUCCCCUAAAAGGCUGGUGGUAGACACCCCACCUGGCGAUGAAGAUCAAUCCACAGAGAGCCAUGAGGAGAAACAUCUGAUGGAAGUGGCGGGUGCUGCAGUUGCACCCUUGUCACCUAAGACAGCAGCACAAAAUUGCACCCAAGGUGUGGUUGGGGUAGGCGAGGAAGUCAAAGCUGACAGCAACCAAAGUGGACACAAAGUAGAGAACCACAUGUUUACAUCCGACAUCCACCUGAUACCCGGGGACGGCAGCCUCUCUCCGACCUGUGAAACCAGCAUGUGACUGUAAGAGAAGCUCCGAUGACACACUGCAACCUCAGCCUGGUGUGUGUGAGAGCAGGAAAGAAAAGACAAGGGUGCAGUUGUAGUGAAAGAAAUUGUUGCAUGGCAUGACAAGUCCCCUUUACUUGUGUCGUUGUGUAUUGCUGAAAAGAAACUGCAGUGCUCCGUGCAGAUUUGAGAAUGACUUUGGGGAAAACAGUGGACUCAGAGAGGAGGCUCUUGAAGAACAGAGGGAAUUCAUCAACUUAUGUAGACAUUUUGGUCCUCCCAAUGUACAUAAUGACAGUCUCCUUUUUCUAGCAAAAAGAAGGAAAUGCACAGAGGGACUUAUCUGUAAAAAGCAUGCAUUUAAAAAAGACAGGUAUUUUACGGUGCUUAGUUUGCUGAAAGCGCUCCACUGUAAAUACUAGGACAUCUAAGGCAAUGGAAAACUGUCACUGAAGGUACAAAUGUUUGUAA